UUUGACGCUGGGUUAGGAAGAAGAAAGGGGGAGGGCAGAGCAGCCAAAGGGUCCACUGCUCAAAAUGGGCCCCCCGCAGCUCUGGCUGCUCCUGCUGCUGAUCAGUGGUGCUUUGACACAAAACGAGGGGUCUGAAAAUGCAAAUCCAUCCUGUUCAAGGGAAGCAACCCGAUUUAAACACCUCAGAAAAUAUGCCUACAGCUAUGAAGCAGACACAGCAAGUGGAGUGACGGGAACGGCAGAUUCACGAAGUGGCUCCAGAAUUAACUGCAGGGUUGAGCUGGAAGUCCCGCAACUAUGCAAUUUCAUCCUGAGGACAAGCCAGUGUACCCUCCGAGAGGUGUCUGGUGUCGAUGCAGAGGGGAGGCCUUUGUCAAAGAAGUCAAAGAACUCAGAUGAAUUUGCUGCUGCCAUGACCCAGUAUGAACUGAAAUUCAGUAUUCAAGACAGGAAGAAGGUCCAUCUGUAUCCUGAGGACAAUGAAGCUACACAUAUUCUUAACAUCAAGAGAGGCAUCAUCUCUGCCCUUAUAGUGCCAACAGAGUCAGAAAGUGAUGCCCAAACAGUCUCUGUGGAUACUGUCUAUGGGAAAUGUGACAGUGAUGUUGAAUUCAGAAACCGGAAAGGCAACAUUGCAGCAGAGGUUACAGUCAGAAGAAACCUGAAAUCCUGCGAUGAAUUCAACCCCAUCAGGGACUAUGUCAGUCCAGUUGCCCUCAUCAAAGGCUUGAAUACACCACUAUCUACCCUGAUAAGCAGCAACCAGCACUGUCAGUAUAGCAUUGACACAAGGAAAAAGCAUGUCACUGAAGCAAAAUGCAUUGAAAAGCAUUUGUUUCUGCCUUCUUCAUACAAACAGCAGUAUGGCAUGAUGGCCGAAGUCACACAAACGCUGACAUUUCUGGAGUCUCCCAAAAUCAACAACAAAGACAUGGAUGUGAAUGGUCUGAAAAAGAGAGGACUAUCCCUGGAGGGUGUUGAGACCAAAACUCCCAAGCAUGGCGAUGCUGUUCUAAAAGUCCUUCAAGAACUGCAGGAACUGUCAAACUCUGAGCAGAACCAGAAAAGAGCCGGCCUCUUCUACCGAUUUGUAACUGGACUAAGAAGCUUACACAAUAGCACCCUGGGUCCUCUUGUGCCAAAGAUGAUGGCAGCUUCCAGUUCAGUCACAAUACAGGCUCUGACUCAGUGCGGUACCCCAGAAUGCUUUGGAGCCAUCCUCCAAAUACUGAGGACGGGAAGUGUUGAUCCACUUGUGGCAGAUGCUGUCACAUACGGCCUGGGACUGCUGCCUUCUCCAUGUGGGAAAAGAGUACGGGAAAUGCUUAACAUGGCUUACUAUCAUCAAAGCCGAGCUUCUUUUUAUGCCCUGAGCCAUACUGUCAGCAGAUUCUACAAUGAGAAAGGGAUCGUGACAGAGGAAAUCAAUGAUGUUGCAAAUUUUAUGACAUCACUGAUCAGCAAUGAAUGCUCUGGGGAUGAGGAACUCACCUAUCUGACCCUGAGGGCCAUUGGCAAUAUGGGGAAAGUAAUGGAAGAUGCCAGUUCCAAUGUGAAACAUUCUCUAAAAUCAUGCAUUAGAAGUCAUGUUGCAUCACCUGAAGUCCAAAAAGCAGCCAUCCAGGCCCUGAGAAAAAUGACUCUUACUGAUGAGGACCAAACAAUGCUUCUGAAGGUUUUCCAGGAUAGUUCCCAACCAGUUGAUAAACGUCUGGCAGCUUAUCUCAUGUUGAUGAGGAACCCUUCCCCAUCCGAUGUUUCCAAGGUCAUCAAAGCUCUUGUGAGGGACAAGAGUGAGCAAAUAAAAAGCUUUGUAGCCUCACACAUUGCCAACGUCUUAGACUCUGAAGAACCUGCUGUUGAAGCGCUGAAAGUCAAAGUGCAGGAAGCACUUAAAGGAGUCCAGGUUCCAACAGCCAAGAGCUUCAAAAGAUAUUCACGCAAUUACCAGGUUUCCAAGACGCUAUCAAUCCCAGGAUUGGACCCUUUGUCCGGAAACCUGGAAGGAAAUGUGCUGCUUGAUCCAAGUAGCUAUGUACCUAAGGAAUCUAUGCUAAAAACUACCUUGCAGUUGUAUGGAUUCAAACCUGUGGAUAUGUUUGAGAUUGGCUUGGAUGGAAAAAACUUUGAGCCCACCCUAGAAGCACUGUUUGGGCCACAAGGGUUUUUCCCUGACAGUGCCAGCAAAGCCUUGUACUGGGUGAAUGGCAAGGUACCGGAUAAGGUUUCACAAGUGCUCUUUGACUAUUUUGGAUUCUCCAAGGAUGGAAGACAAGAUGAGGACGUUAUGAAAGGUAUUAUGCUUAAUUUUGAGAAACUGGUCAACGAAAUCAUUUCCAAAGAAACACCUGAAGCUAGAGCCUAUCUUAGAGUUGUUGGGGAAGAGCUUGGAUACCUGAAACUCAGUGAUCUUAAGCUGUUGGGAAAGCUGAUUUUAAGAAGCUUUAAAACUCUGCAGACUGUGCCUGAGAAGAUUGCCCAUGCCAUCUCCAAGGGGACUGAAAAUGAUUUGUUUGUUCACUACAUCUUCAUGGACAACGAAUUUGAGCUACCAACUGGCGCAGGAUUGCAACUUCAGGUUGCUUUAUCGGGCGUAGCCACUCCUGGAGCAAAAGCUGGAGUGAAGCUUUCACAGAGGAAUAUGCAAGCAGAACUGAUUGCUAAACCAUCUGUGGCAGUUGAGUUUAUAACUCAUGUAGGAAUCAACAUCCCUGAGUUUGGUCGAAAUGGCGUGCAAAUGAACACAAAUAUAUACCAUGAGUCUGGAAUUGAAGCUCGUGUUGGAUUGAAAGCUGGGCAGCUUAAGUUCACCAUUCCUGUUCCAAAGACCCCCCAAAAGCUCUUCAGUAUCAGCAAUGUCUUGCAUUUGGUCACCCAAACCCGAACUGAGGUGAUUCCCCCUCUGAUUGAGAAUAGAGAGUCCCAGACGUCUUGCAGGCCUUUCUUCGCUGGCCUUAACUACUGUACCAGGAUAGAAUACUCAAAUGCCAGUUCCACAGAUGCAGCACCCUACUAUCCACUCACUGGGGAAACCAGGUUUGAAGUUGAGAUACAACCAACAGGGGAAGUCAGAGAAUAUACUGCAGGUAUCGAAUAUGAACAAAAUAAAGAGGAGAACGACUUGGUUGACACCUUGAAAUUCAUUGCUCAAGCAGAAGGUGCAAAAAAAUGCGAAGCUACACUGAUCUUCAGGUACAACCGAGAUAAAAGGAUUUUUACCAGUGACUUCCAGGUUCCCAGUUUCAAAAUUGAUGUUGGUACCAACUUCAGAAUUACUGAUGAAUCCACUCAACAGAGGAAAGCAUACACCUUUAUCUUAGACAUCAAGAACAAGAAAAUCCCCGAAGUUACUCUUACAGGACGCAUAGGAUAUGUUGAUGGGAGAGAAACAUUGCUGGGAGCUGUGAUCUCUAUUCCUCGCCUACAGACUCAAGCUAGAACGGAAGCAUUGCUGCAACAAUCAUCCAGUGGAAUAACAUUUCAGAUUGAUUCCUCAGCCACAGCUUAUGGUUCCUCUGUUUCAGAGAAAAUUGUCUUUAGAUAUGAUAAUGAGAAAGCUGAAGUGCAGUGGAAUUCAGGCACAAGCGCUGCCCUAAAGAAAAUGUCCAACAACUUACCUGUAGAUUUUUCAGAUUUUUCAGAGGCUUUGCAGACUCGUGUCAAUGAACUGCUGGAUCACCAAGUAACCAAUACAGAUAUGACACUCCGACAUAUUGUUUCAAAUUUUUUAACUGCAGCUAAUACUUGGCUACAACAGACCUCUAGGAAUAUUCCUUAUGCCCAACGUCUGCAGGAUAAAUUAAGUGGGCUUUCGGAGCUAAAUUUUCCAAGACUGGAUCUGUCCAUUCCCGAGGAACUUUUCUUGCGAAGUGAUGGCCAGAUUAAAUACAUUUGGAACAAGGAAAGUACUUCCAUUACUAUCCCUCUGCCAUUUGGUGGCAGAUCAUCCAAUGACAUGCAAGUGCCUAAGACUGUAAGAACACCUCCAUUGGUAAUGCAAACACUGGGAGUUAACAUGCCAUCACAAGAAUACAGGCUUCCACCAUUCACCAUCCCAGAGUCCUACACACUCCGGGUGCCUUUGCUGGGAACUCUCGACUUCUCUUCCAAUGUCUACAGCAAUUACUACAAUUGGUCAGCUGCCUACUCCCUGGCCAAUACCACGAGAGAUGCAUACCGCCUGAAUACAAACUACUACAUGAGAGCUGACUCUGUUGUGGAGCUCCUUUCCUACAAUGUCCAAGGUCAAGGAACAGCAAAAUUGGAUCAGAAUUCAUUCACCUGUGAUUAUGAAAACUCACUGCAACACAGCUUCCUCGAGUCAACCUUUAAAUUCAGCAAAGUAAACAAAUUUGGACCCAGUCCUAGUGUCAAAAAUACCAUUUCACUUGUGACCUCCAGCCCCCUGGGAGCUCAGUUUUCUUUAUCGGCUGGCGAGGAUGCCAAAUUCAGCAACAACCUGGUCACUGAAAAUGUCCGCUUGGAAGGGCAGUUGAAAGUCGCUUCAGCCUUUGCUAAAACCACAUACACAUUGCAAAGCACCUUUGAUACAGACAGCCUGGUGCUAGCAGGGGAAUCCGAUCUGAAGUUUGACUCUUCCUUGCUUCAGGCCACUAACCAAAUGACUGGCCGAUUUACUAAUGAUGCAUGGACAAUCUCGUCAAUCUCAAAUGUACAGAAUGGCUUUCUGACUAACACUGCUUCCUUGAAGUAUGAAAACACUCAACUGAAGUUGACAUCAGAGACAGAUGGACGCCAUGGAAACUUUGUAGCUCUCAACAAGUUGGAAUUGACUGUGGCUGAAAAAGAGGCUGCUCUUCGCUCUGAGUACCAGGCUACUUACAUACACAGCCGAUACUAUACCGUGCUUUUGGGCUCUGUGAAUAGCCGAGGUGUUGAGCUCAAUGCCGAAGUGUCUGUGAGUGGUGAAAGAAACAGAGCAGCACACAAGUCCACAUUAAGUAUUAACCAGAACGGACUGGCCAGCAGUGCAACAACAAAUCUGCAAUUUAGCCCCCUUACGCUGGAGAGUAAAAUGAAUACUGAGAUCAGUACCUCGGGAGCCACCAUGGUGAUUAAUGCUAAUGGACACUAUGGGAAGCACAAUGCCAAAUUCAACUGGGAUGGAAGAGUGGCUCUCACAGAAAUAACCCUUGGAAGUGUAUAUCAGGGCAGCAUUUUUGAUGUGGACAGCAAGAACACCUUAAACUUCAGAGUGAACAGAGAAGGCCUCAAGUUUUCAAAUAGCUUGAUGGGCUCAUACAAAGAAAUGAGCCUUGAGCACACUCAUGACCUGAACAUUGUUGGGUUGGCUUUAACUUACAUUUCAAAUUUAGACCACACCAUCAACCCAGAUAAGUUCCACAAACAUCAUUUCGGCUUCCAGCUGCAACCCUAUUCUAUCAUAGUCGAUGUGAACAAUGAUCUAAAAUAUGGCAGUGCUGAUGUAAACAACAAAGUUCAGUUGCAGCUCGAGCCUCUUAAGAUAAAUCUGGAUGGCAAUGUGAAAGGUGCUUAUAGAGGUGAUGAAGUGAAGCAUACCUACACCUUCACCUAUGCAGAUCUGGCUGCAAAAUUUAAGACAGACACAUUAGCAAAUGUUCAAGGUACAGCCCUUACUCACAGAGUAAACUUGGAUGUUGCGGGACUCUCCUCUUCCAUUGCCAUCAACACAAACUGUGAAUCAAAAUCUCUACGAUUUUCCAAUGCAAUACGAUCACUUGUAGCCCCAUUUACUGUCACCGUCGACAUGCACACUAAUGGUAAUGGAAGACUCUUGGUCCUGGGAGAGCAGACAGGACAGCUGUACAGCAAAUUCCUCCUGAAAGUAGAACCUCUUGCUUUCACAUUUUCCCAUGACUAUCGGGGUUCUACUGGCCACAACCUAAAUUCUGGAAAAAUAUACAAUACCUUACUUGAUAACAAAGUCAAUGUCCUUUUUACUCCAUCUGAACAAACGACUACCUGGAAAUUGAAGAGCCAACUGAACAACAAUGUGUACACACAAGAUCUUGGUGCUGUUAACAAUGCUGACAAAAUUGGAGUGGAGCUAAGUGGACAAACGUUAGCAGAUCUUUCUCUGCUGGACUUCCCUAUAAGUGUACCAUUCACAAAUGCUAAAAGAAUCAAUCUCAUUGACACAUUAGGUCUAAGGGAAAGUGUCACCCAGCCACAAGAGUUUGGCCUUUCUCUUUCAGUGCAGUAUGAUAAGAACAAGGAUGUGCAUGUUAUCAACCUGCCCUUCUUGGAAAAACUACCAGCUUAUUACGAGCAGAUCAGGAAUUCCAUCUUAACUGCACUGAAAUCUAUUCAGAAGAACCUGAAGAGUGUAAAUAUAGAUCAGUAUGUGAGAAAAUACAGGGCAUCUUUAGAUAAACUCCCUCAGCAAGUUAACGACUAUAUGAAUUCUUUUAAUUUGAAAAGUAAAGUGGACAGUCUAAAAGAGAAACUAGAUGCUUUCACAAAGGACUAUAGCAUAACAGUGGAAGACUUCCAGCUUGCUUUGGAAAAUGCCAGAACUAAUCUUCAAGAAGCUUUCUCUCAGCUGCAGACAUUUCUAGUAAAAGCUGAAAGAUAUAUCAAAGAGAAUUAUGAACAGUACGACUUGAGAGCAGCUAUUGUACAGCUUAUUGAGCAAAUUGUUGCAAAAAUGAAAGCUAUAGACAGACAAUAUGAAAUAAGUGUGCAAAUGAUUAACACUAUUCAACAACUGCAGUCUACUAUCUCUCAGUAUGACCUUAGCAAUGUAGGAAGCAGUGCCGCAGCUUGGGUUCAAAAUAUGGAUGCAGAGUACAAUAUCAAAGCUCGGGUGCAAAAAAUACUAGAUCAGCUGAAGAGGCAGAUUGAGAGUAUAGAUGCCCAACAAAUUGCAGAAAAUUUGAAGAUGCAGGUGGAGACAAUUGACAUCAGAACCCUUAUAGAGAAACUAAAAGUGUCCUUUCCUGUUCAAAAGCUGAACCAAAUCCUUGAGUAUAUCCAAGAUAUUCUUCUGAAUUUCAUAGAGGACUAUGAAGUGUCUGAGAAGAUCAAUGCAUUCCAAGACAAAGUGCGUGAACUUAUUGUAAAUUAUAAAAUUGAUCAGCAGGCUAAAUUUCUAAUGGACAAGAUGGCAGAGUUGUAUAAUCAACAAAAAAUCAAAGAAACAGUCCAGAAAGUAACCCUUUUAUUGAGAAAACUUGACAUAAAAUCACCCUUCAUUCAAAUCCUGAAGUUCAUUGAUGAUGCUGUCAAGCGGCUCCAAAUGUUUGAUUACAAAAAUCUAGUAGACGAAGUCAACAACUUUCUCGAUAUGGUUAUCAAGAAGCUGAGGUCUUUUGAUUACAACAAGUUCGUAGAUCAAACAAACAAUAAAAUCAGAGACAUAACACAGAACAUCAAUGAAGAAAUCAGAGCCUUAGAGCUACCACAGAAAAUGGAAGCUGCAAAACAAUAUAUAAAAGAGGUUAACACUGUGGUUUCUCAAUACAUAGCAAAAUUAAGAGAGACUAGACUUGCCGUACUAGUUGACUGGUUCAAAGAUCUCCUAAGUUCUACUGCACUAAGUGAACUGAGAACUAAGGUGUGUGAUUAUCUGGGAGAUGUACGUGAUAGAAUUUAUCAAAUGAACAUCCAAAAUGAAUGCCAGAGAUAUCUGGAAAAGGCAAGCCAGUUGUACAAUAAUGUAAUCACCUUUAUAGUUCAACAUUGGGACACUGCCAUGAAAAAGAUCACUCUUCUGGCUGAGCAAUAUGACAUAGAACAUGUGGCUGAUUUUUUGAACCAGUGUGUUGAAACCGGUUUUACAGUUCCUGAAAUUAGAGCAGGCUUAAUCAACAUACCUGCCUUUGAAGUCAGCCUCCGGGCCCUACGGGAAGCAACAUUUCAAACUCCAGAUUUUAUUAUUCCACUAACUGACCUGCGUGUCCCUUCUUACCAGGUAAACAUCAAGACUUUAAAAGACAUCAGAAUUCCAAUCAGAUUUACUACUCCUGAGUUUACCAUUUUAAAUACCUAUACGGUUCCUUCCUAUACUAUUGAUUUGAAUGAAAUCAAACUGAAGAUUGUGAAGACAAUAGAUCAAAUCUUGUAUAGUGACUUUCAGUUGCCAACAGCUGAUUUGUAUUUCAAAGAUCUAAGGAUAAAAGAUAUGUCUUUUUCUGACUUUUCUUUCCCAGAAAUGAAUUUGCCUGAGCUUCAAAUUCCUGAAUUAUUGAUCCCAAAGCUAAAUCUCAAUGAAUUCCAGUUCCCGGAUAUUCAGAUACCAGAAUUCCAGCUGCCACGUAUUCCACACUCUGUGACUGUCCCUACAUUUGGAAAACUAUCUGGUGCUUUCAGAGUAGCCUCUCCCUUCUUCACACUGGCUACAAAUGCUGGUUUUCAAAACAUAACAGCUUUUGUACAUAGCCCAGAAUUUGUGGCCUCUGCUUCAGCAAUAGCAACAUCCAAAUUCAGCUAUCUGGCUUUCACCAUGACUGCAGAUGCACGCCUCUUAGCUCCUGAGAUGCAGCAACUAAUCCUAAGAGAGAGCCUGGCAUUCUCCCACGAGUACCUUAAAGCUGAUCAUACAGGUGAAAUCACAUUUUUGGGGACUUCUGUUCAAGGUAAUGCUGAAACUACAUCAAGCUUCCGUACUGCAAGGAAUGCUGUAGAACUGCACAAUAAGUUGACUGUCAAUCUGCAGAAAAAGAUUUCCAUGGAGAGCAAGACAACAUACACACACAGGUUAAAUAUUCCAAAUAUCUAUUUCACCAGCCAAGCUGAUCUAAGCAAUGACAUGAAGACACAGUUAGAAGCAGGACAUGUAUCACUUACGUCCAUGGGUAAAGGCAACUGGAAAUGGGCUGCUCUUGACUACUCUGGUGAAGGAAUCCAUGACUCAAGCAUCAGUUUCAGCCUAGGAGGUUCUGUAGCUGCAAUUGUGGCUGAAAACAGGAUAAAUGAUAAGUACUUGAAAGUCAACCAAAGGCUGGCAUACGAAUAUAGUUUACCAAGUUUUUCAAGAUUUCAGGUUGAGUCUACAGUGGAAUCUCCACAACUGGGACAUAGUAUUUUAAAUAUACUAAGCACAACUAAUCUUGCAGAGCUGAAAACAGAGCUAAGGAGCACACACAAUGCAAAGAUGAAUGGGCGCAUCUCUGGAAUGAUAAAUAACCAAGUGGCCUUCUUGGUGCAGCCCUUUGAAAUGACUGUAUCAACAAAUAAUGAAGGGAAUGUAAAAAUCAGCUUCCCGCUGACAUUAGUUGGCAAAAUUGACUUCCUAAAUAACUAUGGCCUGGUGCUGAAUCCCUCCACUCAACAAGUCAGCUGGGUAGCUGAGGGCAGAUUUAACCAAUACAGAUAUGGCCAUAACAUGUCUGCUGGUAACAAUGAAGAAAGCAUUGAAGCGUCUGUGUCUAUGAAUGGUGAUGCUAAUUUGGAUUUCCUAAAUGUACCUCUUUCAUUUCCUGCACAUUCCAUCCCUUACAUUGGCAUCAAUACACCCCAGGUCCAAGAAUACUCACUGUGGGAGGAAACAGGGCUGAAAAAUUUAUUGAAGACUACAAAGCAAUCAUUUGAUUUGAACCUGAAAGCUCAGUACAAGAAGAACAAAGAUAUGCAUUCAUUUAAAAUACCUUUAGAUGGAUUGCAAACAGCACUCAAUAACUAUAUUUCAUCCUUCAACCGGCAUUUUGAGAGAGGUAGGGACAACACCUUAGCUUUCCUCACAGAGUCCUAUAAUCAAGCAAAGACCAAGUUUCAUAAAUACAAAGUGGAUUCUUCAGUAAGCAGGCUCCCACAGACCUUCAGGAUUCCAGGAUAUACCAUUCCUCUAGUAAACAUUGAGGUCUCUCCUUUUACUGCUGAGCUCCCAGCUUUUGGCUAUGUAAUCCCAAAAGAAAUGAGUACCCCAAGUUUCACUGUCCCACUUGUAGGGUUUUCAGUGCCAUCCUAUACGUUAGUUCUCCCAUCAUUGGAGCUACCAGUCCUUCAUGUUCCCCAAGGUCUACAGACACUUAAGCUUCCAAGCUAUCGAGCACACACACCCAGAAUCUACAUUCCAGCCUUGGGAAAUAUUACCUAUGACUUUUCAUUCAAAUCAAGUGUGAUUACCUUAAGCACAAGUGCUGGGUUUUUCAACCAAUCUGACAUCAUCGCUCGCUUGAGUUCAUCUUCCACUUCCGUGAUUGAUGCGCUGCAGUACAAAUUGGAUGGAACAACCAGUCUCACAAGAAAGAGGGGGUUGAAGCUAGCAACUGCCUUAUCUCUGAACAAUAAGUUUAUAGAGGGAAACCAUGACAGCACUAUCAGUCUCACAAGGAGAAAUAUAGAAGCUUUAGUUACAACAGCAGCAAAACUUAGUACGCCAGUCUUAACAGCAAAAUUUGAGCAGGAGCUUAAGGGAAACACAAAAUCCAAACCUAUCAUCUCCUCAGCUAUUAAUCUAAACUAUGUUUUUGAUAUUCCCUCUUACGACAUGAAUGGUAAAGGAGCAGUUGUCCACAAGGUCACUCUGGAAAGCAUUACAUCUCACAUUUCUGUAGAUACUUCAACCAACGGUUUCAUCAAUGGAGUAUAUCACAAAGUGAAACCAUUUUCUGGAAAGCUGGCUCAUGAAGCAAAUGCCUACCUAAAUUCUAAUGGUGCUCGCUCCUCAGUCAAGUAUGAAAUUAGUUCUAAAGUUGAUAAAAUCUGGAGCUUUGACAUGAAAGAAAAUGUUGCUAUUGAAGCAUCUACUCGUCGUGUUUAUGCAGUAUGGGACCACAAUGAAGAAAUGAGUCUAGACUAUUAUCCACUUCUGAGAACUCAUGGAAAUGAGAACUUCAAAGUAAAUUUGGAACUAGCUCCUGGAAGCAUGUCAGCAGCUGCUCAGAUACAAAUUUCACGGCCAAAUAACAUUUUGGGUAAGACUUCAGUUAACCAAGCCUUUUUAAUGACUGCCAAUACUGAAAAUCAGAAAGUUGUUUGGAAGGCUGAAGGUGAAAUUCUCUCUCUGUACCUUGGACAUAAUUUUCAGUUAGCAAAUGGCAAAACAGAAGCUCGGUUUGAUCUCUCAGGGUCUUUGGGAGGACAUAUGGAUUUCCUCAGGUACAUUGUGCUACCAGUUUAUGACAGGAGCUUAUGGGACAUCUUGAAAUUAGAUCUUACCACCAGUCCUGCACAGAGGCAAUACCUAAAUGCAUCAACAGCCAUAGUAUACACAAAAAAUGAGGAUGGAUACUUUAUCCCUAUAGAUGUGAUUCAACAGGCUGAUGGAUUUACAUUCGCAAUUCCUGGAACUCACCUGAAAGUUAUAAAUCCUUUUGUCACAACUCCAGCAUUCAGUGUUCCUUUUACAACUCUUGAAGUGCCAUCUUAUACCAUUGACCUACGUAAGAUAAAAGUCCCUGAAAGGCUGAGCACGACACCGUUUGACAUUGGAUUGCCCGCUCUGCCAAAAAUAAAGUUUCCUCAAUUAGAUGUGAUAACCAAUUACAUUAACUUGGAAGAAUAUAAAAUUCCUUACAUUGAGCUGACUGUACCCGAGUAUCUACUAACUGUAUCUCAGUUUACUCUUCCAAAGACCUUUUCUCUCGGUAAUAUGAUGGUGGAUCUGAAUGCUGCUGUCAACAGAAUAGCUGACUUUGAUCUGCCCACGAUUACAAUUCCUGAGCAGCAGAUUGAAAUCCCGGCUUUUAAAAUUGCUUUGCCCGCUGGAAUUUACCUUCCCAAAUUUGGAACUUUGGCACUUUCUUUCGGAGUUGGUUCCCCAGUAUACAGUGUCGUCUGGAACACAGCCUUCAAGUCCAACCAGAGCGCUCUCGAACAUUCCAUUGAUUUUACGGCAAAUUCACCACUGCAGUUUCUGGAGUAUGACCUAGAUGCUGUGAGCACUUUCAAGUAUGAUGGUGGCCGCUUCAGUUCAGAUACUCUCGGCACCUUUGCACAUCGUGACCUGAGUGCAGAUUUUAGAGGACUUUUUUCUGCUCAAAGAAACAGAUUCAUUGAGUACACACUGUCUGUGGAUGUCACCAGCCCAACCUUUACUGAUGCUCAAGUGCGUUAUAAGGCUACCAGCUCAAAAAUUGAUACAACAGUAUCUUCUUCAGCGGGCACUCUUGGCUUUCUUCUCGAUCUGGACUCUGAUGCACUCCAGAGCAAGAUUUUCUACCGAACUCAGUCUAAUCCUCAGAAUGAUGUUGAUGUCUUAAAAAGUGAGAUAUCAUUCCAAAACCCUGAGCUCAUUCAAGUCAAAGCCAACUGGAAAGAAGAUAGUGUCACAGACCUACUCCAAGGUUUAAAAGAGAAGGUACCUAACAUCGUUAAUGCUGUGUAUCUCUGUGUUAACAAGUACCACCAUGAGCACACAGGGAUGGAAAUCAGCACUGCUACCUUAAAGCUGAAGGAGAACCUGAUAAAUAAUGUUGACUACACUUAUAGAGGAACUUUAAAUAGUAUCAAUGAACUUGAACAGCAUCUUCAUCAAGUCACUGACCAAGCCACUGGGAAAUACGAAGUUAUGAGGAAAAAAGCCAAAAAGAUGUAUCAUGAAGCUGCAGAUCAAGCCAGCCAAAUAGAUUAUGGCCAAAUAAGAGCCAAUUUUUUUGAUGCCAUAAUGGAUGUGAUAGUGGAAUACCAUAAAAGGGUGAAGCACCUUAUUGACUCUGCCAUUGAAUUCUUGAAAAUAACUAAAUUCCAGGUGCCAGGGCUGGCCGAGAAGCACACUGGGGAAGAACUUUAUAGGAUGGCGACUGAAUAUUUAGCAAACACUGUAGACUUCUGUAUUUCAAAGGUGCAGGAACGUUUUGAUGCUUUUAUUGCAUUUGUCAACGAAGUUGAGGUUAAAAUUCCAGCUUCCAGCCAGAUGAUCAAAGGCAGUCUCAUACUUGAUGAAAUUAAAGGGUUUCUAACACAUGUACAAAAGAAGGUCCAUCAGAAUCUUAUUGGUCUCCAAGAGGUUGACUUUGCAAAGAUGCUGAGAGAGCUGAAAGAAUUAGUUCAACAAGCCUUUCAAAAGACCGAAGAGUUUAUCCAAAAUCUGCAAGCUGAAAACUAUGAAUAUAUAAAAACCCAAGCAAAACAACUGCUCACAAAUAUCUUACAAGCACUGAACAGCGUAGCAGGUGAUAUAAAAUAUUGGGCUCCUCGUGUUGAAAACAUCAUCCAGAAUUUCAGUCAGGAGGCUUCCCAGAAGCUGAAGGAAUUUCUGCUAUAUAUGAAGGACCUGCGGCAGGAAUAUUUUGACCCGAGCAUAGUUGGAUGGUCUGUCAAAUACUAUGAGGUUGAAGAGAAGGUGGUAGAUUGGCUGAAGAGUUGUUUCAGUGCUGUAUUGGAAUGGCAGGCCUACUGCAUUGGCCAUGCUGCUGACUUGGUUUCACAGCUGACAGAUCAAGCUAAAGAAUUUGUGGAGAACCAGGGGAAAAUCACAGAGCUCUCUAAGUCUGCUCAUGACAAUAUCCUGUAUUGGUCUGAAGCUGCUAAGAGGUGCACUGCUGAACAAAAAGAGAAGGUCAAGGCAAGGCUACAGGAGGUCUCUGAGCACCUUUCUGAUUCCAUUGCAAGGCUCAUCACUGAAACUAAAAAAUUGAUUGACCUGGCAAUAAAAAAUUACACAGCAUUCCUCCAGUACCUCCAACAGCUGCUUCAUCGAUUUGAGAAGGUGACAGCUGAUGCUCUGAGGCCCUAUGUAGUUGUUCGCCAAGGAGAGCUCAGAAUAGAUAUCCCGAAACCAUUUGACAUACUGUCUGUUUAUCAAAUGCCCCAGUUAAGUGAAGAGGAUUUCAGAAAGAAACUGGAAUUAACACGUGAACUGGUUCAGCAAGGCAUUGACCAGAGCUCCAGAAAAUGGGAAGAACUGCAGAGUUUCAUUGAUCAGCAAAUUGCUGCUGGCCAACUGACCAUGCAACAGAUCAAGGAAAAAGUACAGCAACACAUACAAUCUUGAAUGGACAAACAGAAGGAAAGAUUGUGCAAGUGUUUAUCACCCCCCAUAUUUAAAGCCACAGCAGUUACCAUGUUGGAAACAUCAGGAAGCUAUCGUCUGAACUGGAAUUUGUAAGUGAAAGCUGAAUGAUCUGCAGGUUAGUUUAAUGCUAUGCAAAAGCCAAUAAAUAAAUUCUUUAUGACAAUGCAGUGUCCUUUAUUAAAACCAUUUUUCAUUUAGGUCAUAGAAUAGAUCAUGAUACAGUGUUUGUUAGAGUUAAUGGACAUGGCUUCAACAUGGCCAGCCCCAUAUUGUGCAAUACAUUUUGUAAAUGAUCUCACUGAAACUUCAAAAGUUUAUAGAAUAAGGAAUUGUUUGUAGGGUAAAAGGUCAACUAAAGGAGCCAAUUUAAAGUUUAUGAAUAAGUUCUGAAGUGGGAUUGUAUAAAGUUUAGCUAUAUACUUUUAUAAUGAAGCAGGAGGAAAGUGGGCUCAAGAAUAAGUGCAAUCUGAAUAAGUCUGCAGUCUACACAAAAAAGGGAAAAAAAAUGAAGAAUAUAGGCACCAGUGGUCAAAUUAUUCCCUCUGCAAGCAGAAUAGAAUGUUGCUGUUGCUGCUUCUUUUGCCAUAAAUAGUCUUCAAAACCAGCACAAAUCAAGGGUCAACCACUGUCCUUGUAAACAUUGUUUCAUUUUUAUCAACCAAAUUUUUGUGGGUUUUUUUCUUUUUGUUUUACAAUUUGGUUUUUCAAUUUCUGUUUUAAUUGUCAAGUGUUUAAUUGUUGAGCCAAUCCAAGAUCAGGCAGUUUGCUGGGCAAGUGGUGUAACACCUCUUGUUAUUCCAAAAAUAGCCUAAUGGAUGUUGGGAACCCUAGAAAGGCCUUGUUAAAAAAAAAAAAGUUCAUAAGAUUGACAUCUAAAAUUCCUGAAAACAAAAUACCUGGGCUUAAUAGUUUAUUUGGAUUUUAAAAAUUUAGAAUGUUAUGUACACAGAAAGAGGCCCAAGAAGAUCCGAAAUGAUGGCCUUCUCUUCCUCAUUUUUGCUUCUGUCAGAAUAAGUUCAUUUUGCCAUGUCAGUAGAAAUGUUGUAUGUAUAUUUCUUCUAAUUAAACCAUUCACUCUGGGAA